CAUGAAACUAAUGAUGAUAUGUAUUGGACUUGUAAGAGUUGUAAGCCUAAUAAAGAUGAAUUCGGUAUUAUUGAUGUACAAGUGGUGGGAAAAAAAUUACAUCUAAGUAUUCUUAUUAGAGAUAUGAGAUCUCUAGAUGCGGGAUAUCUUAAAAUUGGAAAACGUUUUGAUUGCAAAGUCCACAAAUAUUUUGUCCAUCGCUUGAUAGCAUCAGCAUUUUGCCCAAAAAAAGAAGGCAAAGAAUAUGUGAAUCAUAUUGACGGGGAUUCAACGAACAAUAAAGCAUCUAAUCUUGAAUGGUGUUCAAAAAAAGAAAACUCCCAGCAUGCUGUGCGCCUCGGGCUUCAGCGUCAAUGUGGUGUUAAGCAGAUGUUUGAUGAUGGGUCUUGUCAAGAAUUUCCAUCCUUAGCUGAAGCACAACGCAUAACUGGAAUUGAUAGGUCAAAUAUUGCAGAUCACGGAGAUACAUAA